AUCGUCUACCAGCCCGGAGGAAGAGGAGGCUCUGCUUGUUUCCGUCAAUUAAAAGUGACUCCAGCCGAAGUGACAGCCUGUCUGUGUGUACUGUCUCGGGUGUCUGUGCUGCUGGGUGGAUUCAGGGAAACUUUUGACCGAGAGUAAUGGCUGAGAAGAUCGACAUGGAGGACGGGAAGACAUCGAACGGAGAGCCGCUGAGCAACGGCCUGAGCAGCCCGGGCAAGAGCCCCCCGGAGCCGCUGGCCCAGAGGGUCAAGCGGAUCGUGAUGGCCAACCUGCUGGUCAUCCUCACCGUGGCCGGGGUCAUCAUCGGGGUCAUCAUCGGACUCGGUGUGCGCAACGCGGAGCUCAGCCGGACCCAGGUCAUCUACGUUGGCUUCCCCGGCGAGCUGCUCAUCCGGCUGCUGAAGAUGAUCAUCAUCCCGCUGGUGGUGUGCAGCCUGGUGUCCGGCUCCGCCAGCCUGGACCCCAAAGCCCUGGGCAAGCUGGGCGGCUGGGCCAUGCUCUUCUUCCUCGUCACCACCCUGAUCGCCUCGUCCAUCGGGGUGAUCAUGGCGUUUAUCAUCUCCCCCGGGUCGGUGACCACGCAGAAGCCGAAGCUCCAGGGCCUGGGUGACGACGUGCCGGCGGCCAAGGAGGUGAUCGACUCCUUCCUGGAUCUCAUCAGAAACAUCUUUCCCUCCAACCUGGUGUCUGCCGCCUUUCAAUCAUAUGCGACCAGCUACAAGCUGGUUACAAGGAAUGGCACCGAUGGAAACCCCAACAUCACAGUGGAGAAGGUGCCCUUUGGAACAGACCAGGACGGGAUGAAUAUUCUUGGUCUGGUGGUGUUUGCCAUUGUGUUUGGCGUGGCUUUGAGGAAGCUGGGAGAGGAAGGGGAGAUCCUCAUCAAGUUCUUCAACUCCUUCAACGAGGCCACCAUGGUGCUCGUCUCCUGGAUCAUGUGGUAUGCCCCUAUUGGUAUCAUGUUCCUCGUUGCUGGCAAGAUCGUCGAGAUGGAGGACGUUGGCACACUGUUUGCCAGUCUAGGAAAAUAUAUUGCCUGCUGCAUUGUGGGACAUUCCAUCCAUGGCUUACUUGUGCUGCCUGCCAUCUACUUCGUCAUUACAAGGAAGAACCCGUACACCUUCCUGUGGGGGAUAUUCACCGCGUUGGCCACAGCCUUUGGAACGAGCUCCAGCUCUGCUACUCUUCCCCUGAUGAUGAAGUGUGUAGAGGAAAAUAAUGGCGUCUCCAAGCACAUCAGCCGCUUCAUCCUGCCCAUCGGAGCCACGGUCAACAUGGACGGCGCCGCUCUCUUCCAGUGUGUGGCCGCAGUUUUCAUUGCUCAGCUGAACAACGUUUCCCUCAACUUCAUCCAAGUCAUCACCAUCCUUGUGACAGCCACAGCGUCCAGUGUCGGAGCAGCAGGUAUACCUGCCGGGGGUGUGUUGACCCUAGCUAUCAUCCUGGAAGCAGUGGGCCUGCCAACCCAUGACAUCUCUCUCAUCCUGGCUGUUGACUGGCUUGUGGACCGAACCUGCACGGUGCUGAAUGUGGAAGGUGAUGCUUUCGGAGCCGGUCUCCUGCAGAACUUUGUUGACCGUACAGCCAAAAGAGAGGAAGGCAACGAGCUGAGCGAGGUCAGGAUGGAAUGCGAACCGUCGGCCGCCGCACCCGAGCACUCGCCGCUCAUUGAAAAACCAAACGAGGGAUAUGAUGAGAAGCGACCGCUGUCUACUGAAAAAGAGUCAGCCAUGUAAACCAGCUGAUGUCACCGAAGAAACCCCUCACUUACGUAACACUCCUGAAAGAUGCAACCUUAGUUUUUUCAAUUUUUAUCUUAUUAUAUUUGGUACUUCCUGCCCGAGGGAAGGAGUGCACACAGAGAGGAUGAACAUGCAAACAAGAGCUCUCUGUCCCCAACACUUCUCUGUGGAGGCGUGUUUUUGAGAAGUGCCGAAGGGGGAAUAUCAAAGGCGGUUUUCUGAACAAUGACUUGGGUUUUCACUUUGAGGGACAUUGAUGCACAUUGUCAGGCUGCUGUAUUCACUCACACUGAUGUUGCAUUCAGUUGGUCCUCGUCAAUUUUAAAGUCAGAAUUCUAUUCAGUCUAUUAGUCCGUUACCAUGUGACCAGUGACGCCCUGCAAAGAUGUAGAAGCUAAUGUCCGAUCUACUGUUACAAUUAUAGGGAAUGUUACAAUUGGAUUGAUGCAGUUACUUAUUGGCUAAUUGUUGCUGCUUUGUCACAUCUUAUUUACUGCAUUGAGGAAAUUACUUUUAAUCACUACUCUAUUUAUGACUAUUCACCUUUUUAAUAUCAACUUCCUGGUGUAAAUCCUCAAGAAUUCUGACUGUAAAUUUGAUGAGGACAACUGUACAGUUUGCUGGACCUAGUCUGCAUUAGCAAGACACUUCAUUUACUUAUCUGGAAUCCUUAGCCUUCGAUGUGUGCAUGUGUGUCUGUGUGUGUAAGUGUGUGCGUGUGUCUGUCUGUGUGUAUGAUAAUAUCCAGUAAGGCUUAAAUGAUUUAAACUAUCAUUAUACUGUAUCUUUAGAAUAUAAACAAACAUUGUGCAGUUUAUUAUAAACUAUUGAAGCCAUUUCCCUGAAAUUUUUUACUAAUGCUCUAUUUAAACCAUUUCUCUUGUAUCUGAUUUGACAAAAGCAAACUGAACAUUAGUUUACAGUCUGCAGGAAAAUGGCUGUGAUAUUUAUGACAAGCUCAAAUAUGUUUUUAUUUUAUUUUUUAAAAAGUUUGAAUUUGGGUCAAGGCUUUUUAUUAUUUUAUUAUCAUGACUUUGCUUAUAUCGGGCGAAUUGUUGUGUACAAGAAAAAAGCACUACACUUGCUAAACCGGUUUUUAAGAUUAUAUUUAUACUGCGACACACACCAAAUGAAAUAAUAACCUCAGUCACAUCCCAGAGAUGAAUGAAGGACCAGUUUGUCAAUGCACAUGGACACGCACAUGCACCCUGACCUCAGAAGAACAUCUGUGACUUUAGAUCUCAGGAUCACUCUUUUGAUUGGAGACUGUCCUUCAACUACAUCUUUACGCCCCAAGGAACCAAAUAUCGCACAGAGUCACUGACGGAAUCUGUGCGAUCAACUCCUCAUGACAUUUUGUACAAGUAAAAAGUGAGAUGUGACGACAUGGUGUAAAAGCAACAACUCUUCCGAUGCAAAGAUGUCAGAACGGCUGAAGUGGACUGUCACUUUGUUCGAGGUGAAAGAGUGAUCAUGUCCUGAUAUCAACCUGUUGAUGUUUUGGCUUUAAGGUUCUUAAUUGUUUGAUAAUCAUAUUUAUUUCUCAUCAAAUUCCAAAGAGGGCAGUUUUUUGACAUGAUGGUAACUCAAAUUUGUAUUGUUUGCUAGUCUUCAAGUCUAACUGGUUAGUGGUAUUUUUUAUUUGUUAUGUUCAUUGUUGUCAUAUUUUCUACUUGUGGGUGAACGUCUAGACUGUGUGUGCACACGGUGGCUUCCAUGUGGGGAUUUUACUUUUGCAGUUUGGCAGUGGGAGAAAGUGUCAAGUGUUGGUGAAUGAAGAAACUGUACAAUUGCUCUAGUAAAAGCUUAUCUCUUCCAUCCAAAUCAUCUUUAACUGUUUAGAAUGAUGGUCCUAAAUAUUAGGUGCUAAGUUUAUGAGGAACGAGUUUGGCGGUAUUAACCAAAUUGGUCAUCCGUAAGUUCCUCACAAGCCUAAGUAAGAUCUUAUUAUUUCUAAAGUCUUGUUGGUCAUCAGUGCUAAAAUGUGGAGCAUUGCCCCAAAGCAUAGCUGUGUUGGUGCAGGGUUGUGAAGAUGUUAUCAUUCCUUUCUGAGAUAUUUGACCCUAUGGACGUCUGAUUCUAUCAUGUUGUGUGUGUCUGUGUGUGGUAGUUGGUAAUGAUUUUGUUACAGUAGGGCUAUGUUUCAAAUAAGGUUACAAUCUGAAUGUACUGUCUGUAGGUUUUAAAACAAUAAAGGCCUUUUUUUACCUA